AUGUUGUCUGUACUUGGAGAAGAAAGGAAAGGAAAGAAAUUGAAGAGAUGCCAUGCAGGGAACAUUGAGCAUUAUCAGAUUUCAAUCAAUAGUUAUCGCCUUCAGGGAAUUAAAAAAUCGGCUCAGAGAUUUGUUCCUAUACCAUUUGCCCCUGAUGGUUUAACUGAAGAAUUUUAUGAUCUGCAUGCUUAUAACCCUGCUGAAAGUAAGUUCAUUAUGAAACUUCAAGUUCAUCCAGAACGAAUGAGCCAAGAAGAUAGUCACGGAUUUGAUUUGCUUAUCAGGUACUAUUAUAAAUUUCUAUUUCUACUACAUUUUAAAAAAUGUAAUGAAGAUGUACUUGGAGAAGAAAGGAAAGGAAAGAAAUUGAAGAGAUGGCAUGCAGGGAACAUUGAGCAUUAUCAGAUUUCAAUCAAUAGUUAUCGCCUUCAGGGAAUUAAAAAAUCGGCUCAGAGAUUUGUUCCUAUACCAUUUGCCCCUGAUGGUUUAACUGAAGAAUUUUAUGAUCUGCAUGCUUAUAACCCUGCUGAAAGUAAGUUCAUUAUGAAACUUCAAGUUCAUCCAGAACGAAUGAGCCAAGAAGAUAGUCACAGAUUUGAUUUGCUUAUCAGGUACUAUUAUAAAUUUCUAUUUCUACUAAAUUUUAAAAAAUGUAAUGAAGAUGUACGUGUUCAGUUUGAAAUAAGCUAUAAGAUAGUCAUGUUAUGACUUAUUCAGUUUAUUACUUAAUUGAUGUAAACUGGUGAAACUUUUACUAGGAACAGACAGAAGACAUACAAGGAUACAUAUUAAUUAGGCGUCAUUUCCAUGAUCACAUUCAUAUUUAUCAGCUCCGUUGACUCCUCAAAGUCAAAGUGAAAUUCUUGAAGAAAGCUUACAAGGUCACAAGGAAU